AUGAGAGUUCCAUCCUUUCUCUCCUCCAUCCCACGGCAAUGGCGCACACCAAAACUCGUCGUCGGCCUCUUUGUCUUCGAAAUCCCCUUGACCAUCGCUGCGCUUGCGCUAUUUGGUAUUGCCCAACCGGAUCUAUACCGCACCCGGUUUUGGCAAGAAGGAGCCGAUCAUGGAUGGAAUAGCAAUCCCAAUCAACUCAUAUACGCCAUUGCAAACUACAGACCCAUCAAGGCGCCAUUGCCAUGGAGACAAUUCACCACCAACUACAACGUAGUGAUCUCAGUCCUUUCUGUCUUCAUCCUCCUUUGCAAAGGGAUCAUGUUCAUCACAUCGGUCUUCCACCCAUUGGUAUCCCUCCUGGCCCACGCUGCACUCGUCAUCCUCUUUGCUAUUAGCAUCCACAACCAAGCAGGACCUGACAUGAGCGAUCCGGCGCAUCCUCAACCAGGGGCUCCUUGGUACAUUACCAGGAAGUGUGGGCCACCUGUCAGCUCAGAUCUCAUCGGAUAUUGCAAGCAGGCCAAGGCUGCCUUUGCCGUGACAAUCCUUAUGGUCGCGCUAUUCACGACCCAAAUAAUUCUCACCUUAAUCACCCUCUGGUCUAGCAGACAAUCCCGAUCAGCCCACGGCUCCAGAACCUCGGAUAAAGAGUCGGGUCAAGCGCCGUGGGAGAUGAUGGAGGCGCCAAGGACGCCUGGGACCGCGGGAGGUCUGAAGAGCCCCACUACUCCGAGAACCACGGCCUUUAAUACCUUGUCUGGCAAUGGGAAGGCUCCCGUAAGGCAAGGGAACCAAGGAAUACCGCUAAGACACCAUAUCGGCAUGGGCGAAGAGACGUAUCAAGGUCCCAGUAGGAGGUAG